AUUGUAUGAAGAUCCCUCCAAAUUCCACAAAGAAUGGAUCCAAACCUCGUGAAGGAAGUUGAACAGAUUUGUACAUAUAUAUACAGUUUGGGCCUACAGCCUAUAAUUGCAACUCCAGCUGCCAUUUUCACAACCACAGUGCCGCUGUUUCCUAAAUAACAUUAGAAGGCAUAAGAAUAUAUAAAGAGCUCUGCCGGAUCAGACCAGUGGUCCAUCUAGUCCUGCUCCCUGUUUUAUGUAGUGGUCAGCCAGUUCUUUUGGAGGACCAACAACAUGGCAUAGAAGAGGGGGAGGUUUUCCGCUGCUAUUGACUCUAGGCACUGGAAUUCUGAAGUUGACUGUCUUACAGCGUAGAGGCUCACUUUAGUCCCCAUGGCUAGUAGACACUGAUAGACCUCUCUUCCAUGAAUCUAUCCCCAAUCUGUUUGCCUGUGGCCUCCACUACAUCCUGUAGCGGGGAAUUUCACAUUUUAAUCACUCAAUGAGUUAAAAAAAAGGUAUUUCCUUUUUUCUGUCAUUUAUCAGCUGCCCAUCAGCUUCACUGGAUACCCUUAAGUUCCAGUAUAUUGGGAGAGGGAAAAGAUAUUCUUUUUGUUCUCUCUACUUUGUUCAUGGUUUUAUGAAAAGGCCAGAAAAUCAGGGAAUGUGUGUAAAAAUUGUCUGUCUGGUGUCUUUGUUCCUGGAAGCAUUAUUAUGGUUAAAGAGGUUGGACUGUGAGAUUUGUGCUUUUAUAAACCUCAAGGAUUUGACUGACAGCAAAUUGUUCUGGAAACAUUUAGCAUGAAUAAGAAUUGGACCAACUCACACUGGUGUUAUCAUGGGAAAUUUACUUAAAGAUUUCAUGGGCAGUACCUAUUUCACACUAAUCUUGCUAUUGCCUUUUGGCUGUAGGUAAAGGGAGGCCCUUGUACAAGCACCUGGUCAUUACUGACCCAUGGAGUAACACUACAUCACAAUGUUCACAAGGCAGACUAUGGGCUGGUUUGCCAUUGCCCUAACCAGUUAUCUACAUUUUACCCCCAGCAGGACUGAAGCUCCCAGUCAGUAUUAACUGUGGGAUCCAAAAUAUUGGUGGGCAAUAUAUGAUCACACAAAUACACUUAAGUGUAGCAAGAGUCAGAUUAAACGUCAGUUCUGAGCCCACUGAAGUAAAAGACAAAGCGUAAUCAGCAUCAAGCUUUAGGAAUGCCAGUUGAAACAAACUUUGCAUACCUCCUCUUGUGAUGGGGAGAGGAAUCUCACUUGAAAGCGGAUAGCAUAGCCUUUCCUGGGUGUAUGCAUUCUGGGCUGUGUAAUGAUGAGGAGUCCAUGACUGGCACAUUUAGUGUUGUCAGUCUACUAUAUAAGCAAAGCAUCGAGGAACAGAGAGUGACAGAGACUUGAAGGCUGUCUCUGUACAGUUUGCCUUCUCAAUCUAGCUACUGACCAACAAUAACCAAACAUGGAUGAUAUUUAUAAGGCGGCAGUUGAACAGCUGACAGACGAACAAAAAAAUGAAUUCAAGGCUGCUUUUGACAUCUUCGUCCUUGGUGCAGAGGAUGGGUGCAUCAGCACAAAGGAACUUGGAAAAGUGAUGAGAAUGUUGGGACAGAAUCCUACGCCUGAGGAACUCCAAGAGAUGAUUGAUGAAGUUGAUGAAGAUGGCAGCGGCACUGUAGAUUUUGAUGAGUUCUUAGUUAUGAUGGUCAGAUGUAUGAAAGACGACAGCAAAGGAAAAACAGAAGAGGAACUCUCAGAUCUCUUCAGAAUGUUUGAUAAAAAUGCAGAUGGAUACAUAGACCUGGAUGAGCUAAAGCUGAUGUUACAGGCUACAGGAGAAACCAUAACUGAAGAUGACAUUGAAGAACUGAUGAAGGAUGGAGACAAAAAUAAUGAUGGCAAGAUUGAUUAUGAUGAGUUCCUGGAGUUCAUGAAAGGUGUUGAGUAAAUCUCAGCUACAAGCAGGAACAGCUCCACUUUUGAAGACCUCCAGUUUUGACUUGUGCCAUUUCAUCAGUUCUUUCCCUUGCUAAUUGCAUGAAGGCAAGAGCUAAACUUGGUGAACUGAACAUUGUUGAAAACAUGAGCCAUUUCACCUUCAGUGCCUCAAAUCAUCACCCUGUGGAUAUUUAUUGAGUCAGACUAUUGUAAUUCAUUUAUUGCUGUUGUUUUCCAUGACCAUAAUUUGGUCCUUAAUGCAUUGAUAAGUUAUCCUGGUCCUAAUGAGAAAUGUGCUAUAUUGCAACAAUUAAGGCUUGAACAAUUGUUGUGAUUCUUUAACAGUGGUGUAUGCCAUCUCUUCCCUCUUGUACCUCAUCUCCAGCUGAUUUUAUGUGAUGUGUAAAAAAUACUGAGUGUACAAAAUAAAAAACAACUUUUUGAAAUGUUAAUAAAAUAAUUUAAAGGCUG